AUGCUGGAGGAGCCCGGGUCUCGGCCUCCGCCCUUGGGCCUCGCGGGUCUCCUGUUCUUGGCUUUGUUCACUCGGGCUCUGAGCAAUGAGAUCCUGGGCCUAAAACUUCCCGGGGAGCCGCCGCUGACGGCCAACACCGUGUGCUUGACCCUGUCGGGCCUGAGUAAGCGGCAGCUGGGCCUGUGCCUACGCAGCCCCGACGUGACGGCGUCCGCGCUCCAAGGUCUGCACAUCGCGGUUCACGAGUGUCAGCACCAGCUGCGCGACCAGCGUUGGAACUGCUCGGCCCUGGAGGGCGGCGGCCGGCUGCCGCACCCCAGCGCCAUCCUCAAGCGCGGUUUCCGAGAGAGUGCUUUCUCGUUCUCCAUGCUGGCUGCUGGGGUCAUGCACGCUGUAGCUACAGCCUGCAGCCUGGGCAAGCUGGUGAGCUGUGGCUGUGGCUGGAAGGGUAGUGGUGAACAGGACCGGCUCCGGGCCAAGUUGCUGCAGCUUCAGGCACUGUCUCGGGGCAAGAGUUUUCCACACUCACAGCCCAGCCCUAUCCCUGGCUCAGACUCCAGCCCUAGCCCCCAGGACACAUGGGAAUGGGGUGGCUGUAACCACGACAUGGACUUUGGAGAGAAGUUCUCUCGGGAUUUUUUGGAUUUCAGAGAAGCUCCCAGGGACAUCCAGGCAAGAAUGAGAAUCCAUAACAACAGGGUGGGGCGCCAGGUGGUAACUGAAAACCUGAAGCGGAAAUGCAAGUGCCAUGGCACAUCAGGCAGCUGCCAAUUCAAGACUUGUUGGAGGGCAGCUCCAGAGUUCCGGGCCAUUGGGGCAGCAUUGAGGGAGCGGUUGGGCAGAGCCAUCUUCAUCGAUACCCACAACCGCAAUUCUGGAGCCUUCCAGCCCCGCCUACGUCCCCGUCGCCUCUCAGGAGAGCUGGUCUACUUUGAGAAGUCUCCUGACUUCUGCGAGCGAGACCCUACGGUGGGCUCACCGGGCACAAGAGGCCGGGCUUGCAACAAGACGAGCCGCCUGUUGGAUGGCUGUGGCAGCCUGUGCUGUGGCCGUGGGCACAAUGUGCUCCGGCAGACACGAGUGGAGCGCUGCCACUGCCGUUUCCACUGGUGCUGCUACGUGCUGUGUGAUGAAUGCAAGGUCACAGAAUGGGUCAAUGUGUGUAAGUGA